UUAUUUUUAUUUAGCACAAAAUUUAACACAAAAAAACUAACAGAUGGUUGUUGAUAUGGAUAGCUCUUUUCAAUGUUUUCCGAAGGAAUGUCAUAGGAAAAUAGUUCUUCAACAAAAUUCAUCAGAUCUUGUAACAUUAAAACAGAAGACCGGUGCUAACUCGUGCUUAAAUCAAUCAGAAAAAAUCGUAAUAAACUUUAAUGAUAUUUAUUCAAAAAAUGACGAUAGUCUCUCAGACAAGUCGAGUCCUAAACAAGUUCCUUUAGAAUGCGGUGAAGAAGAAACUAAAGAACGCCCAUUUGUGUGUCAUGUUUGCGGAAGAAAGUUUCGUCAACGCUGUCAUGUUGAUCAACAUUUACGAACACAUACUAAUGUGCGACCUUACCACUGCAGUUAUUGUGCAAAAUCUUUCAAACAAAAAAGUCAGAUAAAUCAACACGAAAGAAUUCACACUGGUGUGAAACCUUACAAGUGUGGAAUGUGUGCUCAAGCCUACCCUCAAGCUACACAGCUUCGUUAUCAUAUGAAAAGUCACGUAGAUAAUGUAUGCGAUAAGCCUUUGACAAACUUUGAGGAAACUAUUAAAUCAAAAAGAGGACGUCCACCAAAAUCAUUAGGAGAUAUACUUCUAAUUUAAAAGAAAAAAAUUGUAAAUCUCAUUAUCAUAGAAUUGUUAAGCGAUUCUAAAUCGUAAAUCCUUAUAGGAUUAGGUUUUUAUAAGGUUAGAUUCUUAGAGGAUUUACUAUAAUAAAAAGUGUAAGUCGUGUUCUUAUUUUUGAAAUGAAAUUUUAUGUAAAAUCAAGACACUUGUUAAACGCUUAACCUUCAUUAGCUUUAUGUUUACGAAUUGUGAAUAUAUGUUCGUACUGCAAACGAAUAAAAAGAAAUCGGUACUGAAUGUUUUUAUCGUGAGAUAUCGCGCGAAAUCAGUACUGAAUGUUUUUAUCGUGCGAUUUUUGUAUAAUAUGUUGCAUAAUAUUUGGUUUUAUUUUUACUGAAUCAAUCAAAUUUCAAAUUUCCUUA